CCGCGUGCCGCAGCCCGCGUCGCCUACCGCCGCCGCGCGCCUCCGCUGCCCCGCGCCGCUGCCGCCGCCGCCGCCACGCUCGCUGGCUGGCUGGGUGCGGGCGCCGGGCUCCCGCCGGAGGAGAGGACAACCAGCGCCGCCGCCGCCGCUCGGGUCCGGGCCCGGGUCCCGGCCCCUGCCACAACCCCCUGCCGGGCCCGGCCAUGAAGUGUCACUACGAGGCGCUGGGGGUGCGGCGCGACGCCAGCGAGGAGGAGCUCAAGAAGGCCUAUCGGAAGCUGGCCCUGAAAUGGCACCCGGAUAAAAAUCUGGAUAACGCCGCAGAAGCAGCUGAACAAUUUAAAUUAAUUCAAGCAGCAUAUGAUGUGUUGAGCGACCCUCAGGAAAGAGCAUGGUAUGAUAAUCAUAGAGAGGCCUUACUUAAAGGAGGGCUUGAUGGAGAAUACCAAGAUGACAGCUUAGAUUUGCUUCACUAUUUCACUGUUACCUGUUAUUCUGGUUAUGGAGACGAUGAAAAGGGUUUUUACACAGUGUAUCGUAGUGUUUUUGAAAUGAUUGCAAAGGAAGAACUGGAAUCUGUGUUAGAGGAGGAUGUUGAGGAUUUCCCAACUUUUGGAGACUCCCAGAGUGACUAUGAUAAGGUAGUCCACCCUUUCUACGCUUAUUGGCAGAGUUUCUGCACCCAAAAGAAUUUUGCUUGGAAGGAAGAAUAUGAUACACGGCAUGCUUCAAACCGCUGGGAAAAACGAGCCAUGGAAAAAGAAAACAAAAAGAUUCGAGACAAAGCAAGGAAAGAGAAGAAUGAGCUUGUUCGGCAGCUGGUAGCUUUCAUCCGGAAAAGAGAUAAAAGAGUGCAGGCACAUCGGAAGCUUGUAGAGGAACAGAAUGCAGAGAAGGCGAGGAAGGCUGAGGAGAUGAGACGGCAACAGAAACUAAAGCAGGCAAAACUGGCAGAACAGUACAGAGAACAGAGCUGGAUGACCAUGGCCGAUUUGGAGAAGGAACUCCGGGAGAUGGAAGCACGAUAUGAAAAGGAGUUUGGAGAUGGAUCAGAUGAUAAUGAAAUGGAGCAGCAUGAGCUUAAAGAUGGACAAGAUGGUAAAGAUAGUGAUGAGGCGGAGGAUACUGAGCUUUAUGAUGACCUUUACUGCCCAGCAUGUGACAAAUCUUUCAAGACAGAAAAGGCCAUGAAGAAUCAUGAAAAGUCAAAGAAGCAUCGGGAAAUGGUUGCCUUGUUAAAACAACAAUUGGAGGAAGAAGAAGAAAAUUUUUCAGGAUCUCAUAUAGAUGAAAAUCUAUUGAAUGCCAAUUCCGAGGAAGAAAUAGAAGACACAACAAAGCAAAAUUUUCACAAAGUCAACUGUUUAACAUUUUUAUGUAUAUUUGCUCUUAGGCUUUCUAAAAAACAGAAGAAAAAGAAACAAAAACCGGCACAGAAUUAUGAUGACAAUUGUAAUGAAAAUGGACCUGGAGAAGGAAUAAAGGUUGAUCCAGAAAAUAUCAACUUAAAUCAAGACAGUGCCAAAAAAUUAGAAGAUAGUCCCCAAGAAAAUGUCAAUGUCACAGAGACCAUUGAACCUUGUGAUGAUCCAAAAAGUGAAGCUAAAAGUGUUCCUAAGCCCAAAGGAAAGAAAACCAAAGAUGUGAAAAAAACUGUCAAAAUACCUGCUGAACCACAAAUACUGAGUGAUAUUCUUAUCAGCUGUACAACCUGCCAUAGUGAAUUUCCAUCCCGGAAUAAACUUUUUGACCAUCUGAAAGCUACCGGUCAUGCAAGAGCACCUCCAUCUUCAUCUUUAACCAGUGUAACAAGUAGUCGAAGCAAGAAAGAGAAACGUAAAAACAGAUAGAAAUUCUGCCAACACACUUUUUUUUUAAACUGUCUCUAAAUUUUGAAACCAAAAACUGAACUGAAAUCAUCUAAAGAGUUAAAAUUUCAGUGAUCUGCAAUUUAUUGCAUUGUGGAAGAUUAUUUUUUAUCUUAUAAAGACAUUUUUUUGUUUAAUAUAUAUAUUUUUAAACAUUUCACUAGUGAUUGAAUUCUACUUUUGCCGUCUGAAUUGACUUGAAUGUCUCAAAACAGGUAAAUAUUGUAAAGUGUGUACCUUGAUUUCUCACGUGAACAGAGAUGUACAGGGAGAAUUAAAUUAUUUUAACACAAA